CUUUCCAUCGCUGCAUCUCCCCUCUGCCCACUCGUUGUCCAGGGCACACACAGCAACGUUCUAGAGCAGCAGGGACAGAGCAGGGGUUCUAGAGCCCGUGUCCCGGGGCACAGCCUGCCCGGGGAGGACACAGUCCGUCCCAGCAGGGAUUUGGCCGGGAUGGGAUAUUGCAGCCGCUGUUUGAUCCCCGCUGUCACCCACGUGCGCUGCAGGCAGGGGAUCGUUUGCAAACCCCGUCUUUGGUGUGUGCGUGGUCCCUGCUCAGCGCCGGCGCUGCCGACCCCAUGCAUGGGCUCCUGCCGCCCCCGCUGAGGACGCGGCGGCUUCUUGGUUCUGCUGGCUGCAGGGAGCACCCGGUGCCAUGCUGGCAAAGCUGCCGGGAGCCACCAUUCUCCUCUGCAUGGUAGACGUUCUCCAUGCCUUUGCGGUUGAAGAGAAAAACACGUUCGCGAGGAUGGCGUGUCCCUCCUACCUGAUGUUCGACAACGCCGCGUACUUGGCCGACAUGACCUUCGAGCUCCCCUGCAACUGCAAACCCGAUACGGUCUCUUCUGUCGUCUGGUACUUCCAGAAGAACAUGGGCGGCCAUGAAACCUCAGUCCUGACGGACUUUUCCGGCACCGUGGUUGUCGACUCGGGCCACGUCCGCUCGGGCAGCAGCAUGCUGAACCGGUUCAGUAUCCGCAUGUUCAGCCUCAUCGUCUUCCGAGCCCAGGAGAAAGACUCUGGCCACUACCUGUGCGGCACGGAGAGAGGGGACUACUUCUACGGCUACGACGUGGACGUGCAGCCCACCUGGGGCAUCGUGGUGGCUUUUGUGGACAGAGGCCAGCACGUCCAGGACGACAGCACGGAGGACGUCCUCACCCUCUUCACCACCUUCUGGGACUGGACCAGGUGCGACCGCUGCGGGGUGAGAGGCGAGCAGCGGCGGAUCGGGCUCUGCUACCUGCAGAGCGCCCUGCUGCACCCUCGCUACCGCACCGCUGUCCCCAACGUCACCUCCUGCGGCUCCGGGGCUGUCCCCUGGCAUUUGCGGCCCCGCAGCCACCUCCGGAGACCCGAGGUGGUCAUCCGGAGCUGCCUGACCUCCUGCCAAAAGAAGAAGGUCCCCAAGGAAGGCGUGCAGACCAUCUCCAACAUCAUUUCCAAGAUGGGCGAGAAGCCCUGGGUGCCCCGCGUCCCCACGCAGUUCCACAAGCAGCCCGUUGGGACUAAACUGAUCCUGGGGUGCCCGGGGGCCCGGCCGGAGCACGCCGUGGCCUGGGACAAGAACUCCGUCCGGCUCUACCGUUCCCGCUUCCUCAUUGGGGUCAACAGCACCAUGAGGAUCUUCAUCGACCACGGGAACCAGCUGCACAUCCAGCGGGUCAAGAUCACCGACAGAGGCACCUACUUCUGCUGGCGAGAGGGCACCAUGGUGGCUGGGUUCCGGCUCAGCGUCUUCUACCGGCGCUGGCGCCGACGGACGCUCUACGACCCGGAGACGACCUACGCGGCCAACAUCAUCGGCAGGAGCUACAUCAUCAUCGGCGCCGUCUUCGUCGCCAUCCACCUCGGCUGCUGCUGCUGGCGGAGGUGCCGGCGCCGUGCCGCGACGUAGCAUCCCCACAGUGGGUCGCUCUGACGCCUCGGACCGUCCUCCCAUUGGGAAUUCCCAAUGUUCUGACCACUCAAAAUGAAAAUGCCACCAGCACCCGCUCAUCCUCCUUUAGGGUUGAGAGUGGGACAGCGAGGACGGACGUGGGGACAUCCCUGCGCUGCAGGUUGGUGCAGUUCGGAGGGACAGACGGACAUUCCGCACCCCGCGGCCGUUCCCGCUGGCUUGGGGAGGGGUUUUAGCUCAAUACAGUCCUUUCCAAAAGAACACUUGGAGCUGUUACAAGAUCUUCUGGCCGAGCUCUACAGAGCUCCCCAUCCGCAUCAGUGAUUUAUUGGAGCUGUUUUUCUAAGGGGCUGCUAAAAAAGAUCCACCAAAUGAUUUUAAUCCAAUUAAUUCUUGCUUUUCUUACCCCUUUAUUUU